UACUUACAACCUUGAAAACAUCCAGCCUGUCAUGUGUUGCUUGCACAGUUGACUUCAGAUCGCGUUGGUUACUGUCCAUUGCCGCUUUAAACGGGUGUUGAUGACCGUUGCUGCGGUUUCGUCCGCUGACUUUAUGGACCUGUUGCCAUGAGGACCUGUCUUGCUGGUGUUGCCAGCGGCGUCUUCAGACUCCAGCGGUGCGUUCUGCCACUCACUGCAGCUGCAUGGAGGCGUCUGGGCUCAUUUCCCUUCAGAGAGAAGAGCAGCCGUGUGUGCGCAGACGACAACCACUUCUAUGUUACCACCCCGAUCUUCUACGUCAACGCUUCUCCACACCUCGGACAUUUAUACUCCGCAGUUUUGGCGGAUUGUCUCCACAGAUACAAGCUGCUUCAGGGCUACAACUCCAGGUUUGCCACUGGUACUGACGAACAUGGACUCAAGAUCCAACAGGCUGCUGACGCUGCUGGAAUGGACCCGCUGACCUUCUGCACCCAAGUGUCCGAGAGAUUCCAGGGUCUGUUCAGCAGGUGCAACGUGUCCCACACCGACUUCAUCAGGACCACGGAGGAGAGACACCGGCGGGCCGUGGAGCACUUCUGGUCGGUUCUGCUGGAUAAAGGUCUCAUCUACAAGGGCAGCUACGAGGGGUGGUACUCCACACCCGACGAGAGCUUCCUGACGCCUUCGCAGGUGGCUGACGCUGUGGACCCGACAGGGAAGGAGAUCAAGAUUUCACUGGAAAGUGGCCAUCAGGUGGAGUGGAUGAAAGAAGAGAACUACAUGUUCCGCCUGUCUAACUUCCGGCCUCAGCUGCUGCACUGGCUCAAGAGGAACCCGGCGGCAGUUCAGCCCGAGCGCUUCCAGCAGGCUGUGCUCUUGUGGCUGGAGGAGGAGCUCCCUGAUCUUUCGGUGUCCCGACAGAGAAGUCGUCUGCAGUGGGGGAUCCCUGUCCCCGGUGACCCUGACCAGACCAUCUACGUGUGGCUGGACGCUUUGAUCAACUACCUCACUGUGGUGGGCUACCCUGACCAACACCACCAGCGGUGGUGGGGCGCCGUCAGGCACGUCGUGGGAAAGGACAUCCUCAAGUUUCACGCCAUCUACUGGCCGUCGUUUCUCCUCGCCGCCGGACUGCCGCUGCCGCGGUCGAUACAUGUCCACUCCCACUGGACGGUCGGUGGGAAGAAGAUGUCCAAGAGUCUCGGGAACGUGGUGAACCCGCUUGAACGAGCGCAGUCCUUCACCACAGAUGGUUUGAGGUACUUUCUCCUGCGUCAGGGGGUUCCCGACUCGGACUGCGACUACACAGACGUCAAGGUUCUGAAGCUGCUCAACGCCGAGCUGGCGGACUCCCUGGGGGGUCUGCUGAACCGUUGCACAGCUCCGGCUCUGAACCCCCGGCAGGUGUUUCCUCCUUUCUGCCCGCUGUCGUUUCCUCCGGAGGGAGAGGCAGGCAGAGCCGUCCCCGAAGACUACGCCAUGCUGGACGCAGUGAGGAACCUGGAGGCAAUGGUGGCGCAGAACUACGAGAGCUUGCACGUCUACAAAGCUCUGGAGGCCGUCGCCGCGUGUGUGCGUCUGACCAACGGGUUCGUUCAGCGUCACACUCCUUGGAAGUUGGACAAGACUGAGAGUGAAGACGCACGCUGGCUGGACACCAUCGUGCAUGUCUCACUGGAGUGCCUGAGAGUGUACGGGACUCUCCUUCAACCCAUCGUGCCAGAGAUUUCAGACAAGCUGCUGUCCAGACUCGGAGUGAAGGCGGACGAAAGAGCUUGGAAGAAUCUGACCUUCCUGCCCAGAUAUGACGGGGAAGCCAGUGCAUUUGAAGGGAGAGCACUUGGAGCAGACACUGGAGUGCUUUUCAGUCGUUUGGAAAGUACGAACGAGAAGAAUCCAAAAGCAAAGAAAAGCAAAAAACAGAGGUGAUGGCAUCAGCUGGAAUCAAUAAAAGAUUUUGCGUGAGUAUUGGUGUGAUUUAUCAUGAGGAGGAUCUCACCUCAGAAUCUUUCAUUCAGAGAGGACUGCGUGGAAGCUUCAGUUCUUGAAAUAAAAAUAAUAUAAAUGGGUUUAUCUAUUCAAGGUUGAGGCAUUUGAAAGAACUUGGACUACAGAAGCUGCUUCUUUAUGAAGUAAAGGAGACGUUCAAUGUGAAAAUGCCUCUUCAGAAUAUCCCAGAAAUAUACCAUGUGACUGAAACCAGUCCACUCUUGCUACGCUCAACAUCUCACAAGCCCUCAACAGUGUUAUUUCACCAAAAAUGGAAACCUCCCAGUAAACAAAUGAGGUGUUUCCCCACAAAUCCAACCGUUGUUCCCAUACAAGUUUACAUCAACUCUGCACAACCCUUAAAAGGAAUGAAAGCCAAGGCCAAUGUUCCACUCAGAUGUGAGAGUGUGGAACAGCAAAUGCAUGGAACUGUUUAAAAAAAAACUCACCCCCCCAUUUCACUUCUGUUUACUGUCUCCUCUGUUUUAUAAACCCUCUCAUCCUGACGACACACUGGAGAUGGAGGGCAAAAACAAAACAAGUCCGACACAAAUACAAGACAUAAAAACCGACACGGAUUUUUAAUGAGAAAUUACACGAAACUGAGAAAUUGUACAAAUUGAAAUAAAAUUAAAAAAGGACAAAAACUAAAUUGCAUUAUUCUCAUAAUUUCUGGUAUUUUUUUUUUACAUUGUACUGCCCCCCCAUUCGCUCCGCCAACGUUCCUCAAUUAUAAAAACUGAAGAAGAAGAAGAAGAAGAAAAAAAAGACAAAUUCCUGCUGUCACUUCCAGAUGCCGUUCACUGGUCCACUUUUACCCAGAAUCCACCUGCCGACGUGCAGGCGGGUACAACUCCCGACGCCAGUCCAGAUUCAUCAGUAAUAACUAUUGGCACCUUGACCCGGCUGUGUACCUGAAACACAAACAAAUACUUGUCAACUGUCCAUCUUUCUUAAACACGCAUCUCAUUUUUCAAGUGAAUACGUCAGGAACUGAGGACAAGAUCAAGAGUGUACGGCAAAAAGACAUUCAU